UGUUACUGUGUGUUGUGAAUGAAGGAUAACACACUCUGCCUCUCACUGAAUCUCCUCUUAACACCAGGUGUGAAAUGCAGUAAAUCCUGAAACACCAACAACUUCUUCCUCAAACACAACCAGCUCCUCCUAGGCAGGACAUAUGUGUGUCUCCUCCCUUCACAGGUGUGUCAGUGUAAGAACCAGUGAACAACAAGCUGUGAACUGUGGGAGAUGAGUCACUGCAGGAAGUGAACUGGUUCUACAGUCUCUGGCAGUAGCUGAAAUGGCGCAGCAAGAAAUUUACCUGGACAGAGAAAGAUUCUGCUGUUCGAUCUGUCUGGAUCUACUGAAGGAUCCGGUGACUACUGGCUGUGGACACAGCUACUGUAAGAGCUGUAUUAACUCCCACUGGGACAAAGGGGAGGAGAGAGGAAGCUACAGCUGCCCUCAGUGUAGACAGACCUUCACACCGAGGCCUGUCCUGGAGAAAAACACCAUGUUAGCUGAUUUAGUGGAGGAGCUGAAGAAGACUGGACUCCAAGCUGCUCCUGCUGAUCACUGCUAUGCUGGACCUAGAGAUGUGGCCUGUGAUGUCUGCACUGGGAGAAAACUGAAAGCUCUCAAGUCCUGUUUGAAUUGUUUGGCCUCUUAUUGUGAAAAACACCUCCAGCCUCAUCUUCAGUCAGCUGCAUUGAAGAAGCACAAGCUGGUGGAGCCCUCGGAGAAGCUCCAGGAGAACAUCUGCUCUCGUCACGACGAGGUGAUGAAGACGUUCUGCCGCACUGAUCAGCAGUGUAUCUGUUAUCUCUGCUCUGUGGAGGAACAUAAAGACCACAACACAGUGUCAGCUGCAGCAGAAAGGACUGAGAGGCAGAGAGAGCUCGGGCUGAGGAGACAAACAAUCCAGCAGAGAGUCCAGGACACAGAGAGAGACGUGAAGCUGCUUCAACAGGAGGAGGAGGCCCUCAAUGGAUCUGCUGAUAAAGCAGUGGAGGACAGUGAGGAGAUCUUCACUGAGCUGAUCCGUCUGCUGGAGAAAAGAAGCUCUGAUGUGAAGCAGCAGAUCAGAUUCCAGCAGGAAACUGAAGUGAGUCGAGUCAGAGAGCUUCAGGAGAGACUGGAGCAGGAGAUCACUGAGCUGAAGAGGAAAGACCAGGAACUGAAGCAGCUCUCAGACACAGAGGAUCACAACCAGUUUCUACACAACUACCCCUCACUGUCACCACCCUGUGGAUCUACACACUCAUCCAGCAUCAGGAUCCGUCCUCUGAGGAACUUUGAGGACGUGACAGCAGCUGUGUCCCAAGUCAGAGGUCGACUACAGGACAUUCUGAGUGAGACAGAGACAGAGAUUUUACAGAUUGUGUCUCAAGUGGAUGUUUUACUGCCACAACCAGAACCAGAGACCAGAGCUGACUUCUUAAGAUAUUCACAGGAAAUCACACUGGAUCCAAACACAGCACACGAACAUCUGUUAUUUUCUGAAGGAAACAGAAAAGUAACAUGGGCGAGUGAAGAUCAGUCUCAUUCUAAUCACCCAGACAGAUUCAUUUAUCACCCUCAGGUCCUGAGUAGAGAGAGUCUGACUGGACGUUGUUACUGGGAGGUGGGGAUGAAGGUGGGGCUGGGAGCAGUUUAUGUAGCAGUCACAUACAAGAAUAUCAGCAGAGCAGGAGGCUCAAAUGAAUGUCUGUUUGGAUACAAUGAUAAAUCUUGGUCAUUAUAUUGUUAUGGGAACAGAUAUAUCUUUUAUUACAAGAGCAUCAAGACUCCAGUGUCAGGUCCUGUGUCCUCCAGAGUCGGAGUGUACCUGGAUCACAGUGCAGGUGUUCUGUCCUUCUACAGAGUCUCUGACACCAUGACUCUCCUCCACAGAGUCCAGACCACAUUCACUCUGCCUCUCUAUGCUGGAGUUAGUGUUUAUCCUGGAUCCACAGCUGAGUUCUGUAAACCAGUGAACAACAAGCUGGGAACUGUGGGAGCUGAGUCGCUGCAGGAAGUGAACGAGAGGGGGAGGAGCAGAGCUCUGUAUCUGUUCAGAGGAAGUCAAACUGUUCUUCUGUCUCUGGCAGCAGCUGAAAUGGCGCAGCAGGAAUUUCACCUGGACAGAGGAAGAUUCUGCUGUUCGAUCUGUCUGGAUCUACUGAAGGAUCCGGUGACUACUGGCUGUGGACACAGCUACUGUAAGAGCUGUAUUAACUCCCACUGGGACAAUGGGGAGGAGAGAGGUAGCUACAGCUGUCCUCAGUGUAGACAGACCUUCACACCGAGGCCUGUCCUGGAGAAAAACACCAUGUUAGCUGAUUUAGUGGAGGAGCUGAAGAAGACUGGACUCCAAGCUGCUCCUGCUGAUCACUGCUAUGCUGGACCUGGAGAUGUGGCCUGUGAUGUCUGCACUGGGAGAAAACUGAAAGCUAUCAAGUCCUGCUUGAAUUGUUUGGCCUCUUAUUGUGAAAAACACCUCCAGCGUCAUCUUCAGUCAGCUGCAUUGAAGAAGCACAAGCUGGUGGAGCCCUCGGAGAAGCUCCAGGAGAACAUCUGCUCUCGUCACGACGAGGUGAUGAAGAUGUUCUGCCGCACUGAUCAGCAGUGUAUCUGUUAUCUCUGCUCUGUGGAUGAACAUAAAGACCACGACACAGUUACAGCUGCAGCAGAAAGGACUGAGAGGCAGAGAGAGCUCGGGCUGAGGAGACAAACAAUCCAGCAGAGAGUCCAGGACACAGAGAAAGAAGUGAAGCUGCUUCAACAGGAGGAGAAGGCCCUCAAUGGCUCUGCUGAUAAAGCAGUGGAGGACAGUGAGGAGAUCUUCACUGAGCUGAUCCGUCUGCUGGAGAAAAGAAGCUCUGAUGUGAAGCAGCAGAUCAGAUCCCAGCAGGAAACUGAAGUGAGUCGAGUCAGAGAGCUUCAGGAGAGACUGGAGCAGGAGAUCACUGAGCUGAAGAGGAAAGACCAGGAACUGAAGCAGCUCUCAGACACAGAGGAUCACAACCAGUUUCUACACAACUACCCCUCACUGUCACCACCCUGUGGAUCUACACACUCAUCCAGCAUCAGGAUCCGUCCUCUGAGGAACUUUGAGGACGUGACAGCAGCUGUGUCCCAAGUCAGAGGUCGACUACAGGACAUUCUGAGUGAGACAGAGACAGAGAUUUUACAGAUUGUGUCUCAAGUGGAUGUUUUACUGCCACAACCAGAGCCAGAGACCAGAGCUGACUUCUUAAGAUAUUCACAGGAAAUCACACUGGAUCCAAACACAGCACACGAACAUCUGUUAUUAUCUGAAGGAAACAGAAAAGUAACAUGGAUGAGUAAAGAACAGUCUUAUUCUGAUCACCCAGACAGAUUCACUAAUAGGCUUCAGGUCCUCAGUAGAGAGAGUCUGACUGGACGUUGUUACUGGGAGGUGGAGGUGGAGGACAGAGGAUCAGUUCGUGUAGCAGUCACAUACAAGAAUAUCAGAAGAGCAGGACGCUCAAAUGAAUGUCUGUUUGGAUACAAUGAUAAAUCUUGGUCAUUAUAUUGUGAUAGAAACAGUUAUAUCUUUUAUUACAACAGCAUCAAGACUCCAGUGUCAGGUCCUGUGUCCUCCAGAGUAGGAGUGUACCUGGAUCACAGUGCAGGUGUUCUGUCCUUCUACAGAGUCUCUGACACCAUGACUCUCCUCCACAGAGUCCAGACCACAUUCACUCAGCGUCUCUAUGCUGGAGUUAAUGUUUGGUCUGGAGCCACAGCUGAGUUCUGUAAACUCAAAUAGACUCGAGUCAUUAAAAACAGUGAUUUAGAUUCUGUGUUUAAAUCUUUAACUUCUCUUGUCUCCAUGUUUGUUGAUCAAAGUUCGUCGUGGUGAGGUUUCUGCUCCGCACAGAGAUCAGCUGUCAAUCAAACACUGACCUUCCUUUAUCACACAUAUUCAGUUCUCACUUUGUAAAGACAGAAAUCUAUAAUUACACUGACAUGAAUGUGUUUGAAAGAACUAAUGUUGCUGUUAUUUUCUUAAUCAAUGUUAAAAUGUGGAAUAUGACCAAAAUGGCCACUAAAUGCAAAACGGGCUUCCUGUUGCGUUCUGAGGGGCUCGGGGGGGCACCGUUGAGCCACGCCCAUGGUAAAUUACUCCAGAAUACGUACAUUUUCACCACUUUCUAAUUUUCUGCACAUUUUGAACAUGUUAAAGCCUCAAAAAGCCAAUUAAUUUAUCUGAAAAAUAAUAAUCCUUACAUUUUCAAUCGGGCCCUACAAAACAAAACAUAGUUCACCACUGGAUAUUCAGAAAACAAAUUAUAAAAUAAAAUACCAUCAAUAAUCAUGACGUGAGUGAUGACGUGCAGAGACACGUUUUAAAAAUUAAAAAUUACCAUUGAUAAUAAUGAUGAUGAUAUAAUAAUCAACAGAAAUAAACUGAAGAUGUGAUGAUGAGGAGUUUAAUGUGAAAACUGAACCAAACAUAAUACUGAUUUCUGUCUUCAUCUUCUGAUUCUGAACUGAGAAGUUUAAAUUAAUCAUUGCUUCCAACAACUGUAAACUGAGGCCGUUGGGCAGGCGAGUGUUUUAAGUAUCAUAACAUUGAAUGUAUAAAAUAAAACAAACAAUAAACCUGAUUUAUUAACCUCAA